UGAUGAACCGACGAGGGAUUAAUUAGGUUGAGUUCCACAUAAAGCACGCCCUAACCACCGCCAAAAAUCACUCCUUCCUUCCUUCCUUGAUCUCCGUCUUCCUCCUCGUCGACCUCGACCACACCCGACCCGACACACACAGAGCGAGCGCGCCGCCCAUUAUUGAGCCACUUCCACACGCGUGCAGCUGCAGUGCAUGCACGCUCUCCUCUCCGCGACCAUCAUCACCAGCGCCGUGCCCUGCCCGUGUCCUCACCUGAGCACCAUCGAAUCAUUUAUACGCGCCCAGCCGCCACCGCCAGCAACAGUGCGCCACAAGACGAGCACGCAAGAGCAAGAGCAAAAGAGCAAGAGCUAGGUAAGGCAAGGAAUCCCAUGGAGCAGUACGAGGUCGUGGAGCAGAUCGGCCGGGGCGCCUACGGCACCGCCUACCUCGUCCACCACAAGGCCGAGAGGAAGAGGUACGUGAUGAAGAAGAUUCGGCUGACCAAGCAGAACGACAAGUUCCAGCGGACAGCCUACCAGGAGAUGUCCCUCAUGGCCAGCCUCAGCAACCCCUACAUCGUCGAGUACAAGGACGGAUGGGUCGACGAGGGGACCUCCGUGUGCAUCGUCACAAGUUACUGCGAAGGUGGUGACAUGGCGCAGAGGAUCAAGAAGGCAAGAGGCGUCCUCUUCUCGGAAGAGAGGGUGUGCCGGUGGUUCACACAAUUGCUCUUGGCCCUUGACUACCUGCACUGCAACCGUGUGCUCCACCGUGACCUCAAGUGUUCCAAUAUCUUGUUAACCAAGGAUAACAACAUACGACUUGCUGAUUUCGGGUUAGCAAAAUUACUCAUGGAGGACCUUGCCUCGUCGGUAGUAGGAACCCCAAACUACAUGUGCCCAGAAAUACUCGCCGACAUACCUUAUGGUUACAAAUCUGAUAUAUGGUCGCUUGGUUGCUGUAUGUUUGAGAUUUUAGCACACCGCUCUGCAUUCAAAGCUACAGACAUGGCAACAUUAGUCAACAAAAUAAACAGAUCGUCAAUAUCCCCAAUGCCCCCAAUAUACUCAUCGUCACUGAAGCAGAUAGUUAAGAGUAUGCUGAGGAAAAAUCCGGAACAUAGACCAACUGCUGGGGAGCUAUUGAGACACCCAUAUUUGCAGCCAUAUCUGGCUGAAUCAAUCAACUGCUCUCCAAUCUACCUACCAGUAAAGCCCAACAAGAGUAACCUGGGAGACAAGCAAUCUAAAAAACCAAGUGGCGGCAGAAAGAGAGUCGGCAAAGCCAACGGACCCAGCGAAGCAUUACAAGCAGCAGCAGAGCAAGCUGCGGAAACGAGAGACAGCUCGACAAACUAUUCAGAUCUAUCAACUGUUGGUACCCAGGAUGCCUGCAUUUUGCCAAUGUCAGUGGAUCCUGAAGCCAGAAACAAAGAAGAGCUAACAGCUAAUGUUUUAUCACCUCAACAUACAGAGGAGAAAUCGGCAGCAACAACUGAUGGACAGAUUGAUGAGACAAUACGUCUUAAAACCAUCAGAACCCGGAGUCCAGUAGAGGCUGCCCCGGUUAACAGUGCAAGUCAAAAGCUUAAUGAGGCACCAACACCGAAUGAGGAAAUGACGAUUGGGGUGGUGCAAGAGCACAGGAAGGGUUUGAAGACAGAGUCUUGUCAAGGAAUAAAACAAGGCAUGGGAGAUGCAGAUGUUGUUACGGAGGAAUCAUCACCAGUGAGCACGCUGAAAUUGGGAAAUGCAGGCAGCUCACCUGCCGAGUUUGAUCACCUGAACAUAGUGCAGCAGAGAGCUGAUGCUCUAGAGUCACUUCUUGAGAUCUGUGCAAAGCUCCUGGAGCAGGAGAGGCUUGAUGAGCUGGCAGGUGUUCUUCGACCGUUUGGCGAAGGAGCUGUGUCAUCUAGAGAGACGGCGAUAUGGCUGACGAAAAGUCUCAUGACUCCACCAAAGUUGGGAGGGUCCCCAUGACUGAUCUGGUGGAUAGAAUUUGAGAAUCUUGUGUGUGAGUAAGUGUUCCCUGUUUUGAAGAGUGUAUAUAGCUUCACUAAAGUCGAUGAUUGUGGUUACUGAGGCUUGAGUUUAUUUAUGUUGAUGUAUAUGGUUUUCAUGACUGCGCACUAACUACUCAGUUAUGAGUUAUGCAUUGUACAACAUCAUCUGCUGAUUGUGUGCUUGUACAAGGUUUCAAGCAAUAAUGGAGAACAUAGCGAUUUCA